AUGUCGCUCCGCACGCCACUCACCGAGCUAUUCGGCAUCAAGGUGAGCAGCUGGCUGGUCUGCCCCGUCGGUCACGAUGUGCGAAGCUAACACAUCCCAUCACCUACUUCUCGCCCUUCAGCAUCCAAUCAUGGUGAGUCAUUCGGCCACAGGUGCCAAGAUCUUGAUGAAGUGCGGCACACUCAUCAAGCUUUUCACUGCUCUCCUUCAACCGCCUGUCGUCAGCUCGCUGGCAUGAACGUCGCAGCUGGUCCUGAGCUCGCAGCAGCAGUGACAAAUGCAGGCGGCAUCGGAGUCAUCGGAGGUGUCGGCUACACUCCAGAUUUCUUGCGAGAGCAGAUCAAGGAGCUCAAGGAUAAUUUGAACGACACGAACGCUCCCUUUGGUGUCGACCUUUUGCUGCCAAAGGUUGGAGAAGGUGCCAGAAAGACGAGUGAGCAUAGCGUGCCGUCUGACAAAGGUGACCUGUAGCCUGUCCUGAUCUGAGCGGGCUGUAUGCACCUUGCGCUGCAGACUACGACUACACUGGAGGCAAGCUUGGAGAGCUCAUCGACAUCAUCAUCGAAGCGAAAGCCAAACUCUUUGUGUGAGCCGGUGCUCUUCCUCUUGAGGCCGCCACACGGUUGCUGCACGAAACUGACAAUGAAGUUUUCUCGCGACGCUCGUGUAGCUCGGCCGUAGGAGUUGCGCCCAAAGAAAUCAUCGAGAAGCUGCACAAGGCUGGAAUCGUGUGUGCAGGUAUCAUUGGCCACCCCAAGCACGUCAAGGGCAGUAUUGCCAGUGGUGUAGAUAUGAUCAUCUUUCAAGGCGGGGAGGGUGGAGGCCACACUGGUGACAUUCCCUUCUCUGUGCUCGCGCCUAGAGUGGUCGACAUUACGCGAGGACACAAGAGCCCCUUGACGGGCAAGCAGAUCCUCACUGUCGCCGCUGGUGGCAUUUUCAGAGGCAAAAGUCUCGCCGCUGCUCUCUGCUUCGGUGCUGAUGGUGUCUGGGUCGGCACGAGAUUUGUCGCUUCGCAGGAGUCCGGCGCUCCUCGCAAGCACAAGGAAGCCGUAUUGACCAGCACCCACGAGACCGACGUCCGUGAGUACGAUGCUCGUCUACGACACGAUGCUGUGUGUUGACUAACGACGCGCUGCGUUCGCACGGAUUUCGUGCCCAACAGGCACCAUCAUCUUCACUGGUCGACCCUUGAGAUUGAAGAACACACCCUACAUCCAGAAGUGGGAGGAUCGUCCAGACGAGAUCAAGAAGCUCACUUCCCAAGGAGUGAUUCCCGUCUACCACGAUUUGGAGAACGAUGACGAGAAGGGCACAGCGGAGGAAGGCGCUCGUGAGCGCUACCUGCUCGGCAAAUGCGCAAGCGUGAUUGGUGAGUCGUUUCGAGUCUCCUCGUGGGCAACGUGACCUCAAGUCGGUAGCUCAGACUUUGGCCGUCUUUUCAUCUGUAGAGGACAUCAAGCCCGCUGCGCAAAUUAUCCAAGAGAUGGUAAAUGAGGCUGUGGAUGUACUUCAAUCUGGUGAGUGACAAGUGGCCGAAGCAGCAGGCGCAAGUAACCCUCCCUUGCUGACCAUGGUGGUCCGUUCGAAUACAAAUGUGGCGCAGGUCGCGAGCUCGUCGUCACUGGCCCACGUCUGUGA